UUGCGUCACUUCCUGGUUUGUGCAGCUCUGUUUACACCAGGUGACAGAAUCGCGCAGGAAAAACACGCGUAGCUGCCGCGUGAGCUUCGUUAGUGUGCUCGUGACGAUCUGAACACUGACCAGAGACAAAGACGCACGCGGGGAGCGCGUCAUUAUGUCGCCUGCCGCCUCCUUUCACGCGCAGCUCGCGUCCAUCAUGGAAGUCCUCGCGAACACGGCGGUGGCGGAGAUCUGCGAGCUCGUGGACAGCGGAUACUCGCUGCUGCAGCUGGAAAUCUCGCGGAGCCGCAAAGAGAACGAGGUUCUGCGCAGAAAACUGCGGCUCAUUGAGCUGCGAGCCGCGCGCGCCACCGCGCUGCGAGCCGCGGUGACCGCCGGCGGCGCCGCGCUGCUCAACGCGAGUGGCAGCCGGGCGCGCGCUCAUUAUCACCCUGGCAACGAGCCGAGGCGGAACCGAACACCUGCAGCUGAGGUGACGUUGUCCACAGUGUCCUGCACGGCGCCACCUGCUGACUCUGGAGAGAACAGCGCUCCUGUGAUGGGCGAGUCGGUUCACGUGACGACGGCGGUGAUCAAAGUGGAGGAGGACGAGGACGCUUCCUGGUCUCAGCCCGAGCAGAACUCAGCUUUUAGUCACCUUGACGAACGACAGACGGCAGAGCCGGAAGCUCCGCCUCCACUCUCCAAACAGGAAGCAGUGAGUGAAGGCGGCGGCGACUCGUCUCAGUCGUGGACGAGUGGUGAAGUCAGCUCCACCUCUGCGUCCGUCCAGAAAGUCCCAAAUGACACGUGUACGACGUUUGAGCCACAGCUCCAACAUGGCCACCUCGUUACCCAGAAUGCUUUGAGUGAGGAGGAGGAGCCCGGCUGCUCGUAUGCAGUGAUUCACGCCGAUUCCGGUGGUGGUGCCGGCUUCCACUUCAACGUCAGUGAGGCGAGCGAGUCAGAGCAACAACUGGUGUUCACAGACGACCAGCAGAGGACGGCGCUCACCACAGAUGACCAGCAGAGGGCGCCAUUCACCACAGAUGAGCCUCAGCAGCAGAGGAGAGAAGUGACGGAGAGAGAGAACACUUUCAUGAGGAGGGACAGGUGGAGACAUGAGGGUGGAGUCAGCAGAGGAGACGCUCAGGGCACCGAGGACGGCGGGAGGUCGUUCAUGUGCAGCUGCUGCGGGAAAACGCUCGCCUGCCUGAAGAACCUGAAGACUCACAUGAGGGUCCACACGGGCGAGAAGCCCUUCACCUGCGCGCUCUGCGGCAAACGUUUCUCCGACUCCAGCAACCUCAAACGCCACCAGAGCGUCCACACCGGCGAAAAACGCUACGGCUGCGUCCACUGCGGCAAGCGGUUUGCGCAGUCGGGCUCGCUGAAGGUCCACAUGAGUGUCCACGCUGACUGCAAACAGUUCAAGUGCUCGCUCUGCGGGAGGACGUUCAUAUCGGCCGUCCACCUGCGCAGACAUGUGGCCGUGCACGCCGCCGCACGCUGAUGUCAGAGGUCACAGUCCAAACGCAGCAGCAGAACACCUGCUGCUUAAGGGACAGAUCAGGUUUUAUGAAGUGACAUUAGUCUUGUUAGUCCAACUAAAAUCAAGCUCAUCUUUAGUCGGACUAACGAGACUAAUGUCUAGUCGGAUGUACGAUCACAAUGAUUUGCUUUCUUGAUUAAUCGUCAAUAAAUCUGUUGAUUUUGUUAUUUUUACGUUAUAAAAUGGGAGAAGAA